AUGAUAGAUUUGACAGUUGUGUAUCUGAUUCUGAGUGAUGGAGACGUGACAGUCAGCCAGAACAGGGGGGAUGAAACUCACAAGACUCGCGACGACAACAUGCAAGGUAAGGAACGAUCUUGGCCUGCUCGCAAAACAGAACAAAGGGCAUUAAGCAAUAAUGAAUCUGAGGCGACGCCUUUUGUAAGCCUGCGGGUUAGUAUCUGCGAGAAGCAACCGAAGCGAAGCGUGAAGCUGGACGAGGAAAAGUCAAAGGUCCUGAAGCCACAAUCGGUUGAGUUGGUUUGUGUACUUUCUCAGAAGACUGUUGCCGUUGACAACCAAAUACGCCCAGUGGAGCGUGAACAGCCAAUGAAGUAA